GAACAAGGGAUGUUGACCGCUUUAUUGAAUUCACGAUUUAAAGAACUUGAAUUUGCCUCUGAUUUAUUACAUCAAGAAGCUGAAUUACAACUAGUUUCAUCUAAUUCAUUAUUGACAAGAAUAUUUCAAAAUAAUGUUGUUUACGUUGAUGAAGUAGCUAAUUAUUUAGCUCUACCCCAAUAUUUGACUAUUCCUGCUACCUCUACCCUAAGUGAAAGACUCUUUAACGAAGCUGGUAAUGUAAUGACUCUAAAAAGAAUACAAAUGUUACCAAAUACAUAG